AGUGAGUCAUAACCACCCGAUCGUUCUCUGAAGAAGGGUACCGAUUUCUUACUACAAUUUCGUCGACAUUUCUGGUCAGAGAAGACGAGAACAUCAUUCCAAGACAAUGAAGUGUGUUGUAGCUUUUGCGGCGGUGGUACUGCUUGCACAACUGCUGGGGUCGACUUCGGCUGCGUUCUUCCGUCACCAUCGGGAGGUCCGGAGCCAUGACCGCUUCGGAAACCUCGUGCAGCGCGUACGCGUGAAGAAAGAUCUCAGCAGCUCCGUCACCAAGAAUCGUCCAGCCAAUCCCUUCGCCGGAAUUCUGAAGCGCGCGAAGAAAGAUCUCAGCAACUCCGUCGCCAAGAGUCGUCCAGCCAACCCCUUCGCCGGAAUUCUGAAGCGCAGGGAAAGAAGCUUCGACGGUCUGUUCGGACUUGUGAAUGGAAUGCUGCAAGAAGAAGAACGCAUGCUUGAAGCCGUGGAGAAUGAGAUAGAGCAGGGGAACUUACAAGAAGUAGACAGCAACUCUUAUGAGGAAGACCUCGGGAACGGCGAGAAGGCUAAAGUUCAUGAAGAAGUGCUGGAAGACAAGGACACAGGCGCGUCUAUCGUGAUAGACACCAUAAGCGCGGAGGGAGGUGGGGACCUGGGCUUGGACCUGGAAGAUUUAGAGUUGCCCGACUUUGCCGAGCUAGGCUUUAACCCGGAAGAUUUGCCCGACAGCCCUUUCGACAACAAGAACUGCGUGCACGAUGACGACUGUGACGGAGACAUGGUGUGUUUCGGCCCGGUGUUUGACAGGGUGUGCGGGGUGCCGUACGGAGAGGGGCAUCCCUGCUUCCAGGACGACAUGUGCCGCCGGGACGCUCUCUGUGUCAUGGGCAAGUGUAAGAAAGGUGCGGUCCAGGGACAGGAGGGCUGUGUCUGCCAUGUCGCUGCGGACUGCCAGGACGGCCUCUGCUGUGGGUACAUGGAGGGGGAUGAGUUCAUUGAUAUCGUCACGCCGGUGUGCAGGCCGUUUUUCCAGGAGGGGGAGCCGUGCGGACAUGGCGGGUUCCUGGCCCUGCUGAUGGGGUCGGCAGGAGACUGCUCCUGCAACACCGGGCUACACUGCGCCCAAGACGAGUUUGCUCCGCGUGGUCAUCACGUCUGCACGGCAGAUGAGAGCCAGGUUCCCGACAUUGGUAUUGAACCCGAAGAUAUUCCGCUGCCCCCGAUACAUCACCUAGCAAGGAGAGAGAUCCGUGCCGCCGAAAACUUCAACGACAUCAGCGGUGUUCUCGAGAAAUUCCGCCAGUGGGUCAAGGUGGUUGUUGGAAUGGUCGAUCAGGCGGAGGGAUAUGAGGAGGAGUGUCCGGAGACCGAAGAUGGUCCGGAAAACACCGAAGACAACCCGAAGGAUCCCAAAGACGGCCCGGAAAAGACCGACGACAACCAGGACAUUGCCGACGCCACCGAAGACGAAGCCGAAGAUGACGGCUUUGACGAGUUCCUUGGAGAAUUCAGAGAUCUGGUCAACGCGGAAGUUUUCCCCUCCGACGACUCUGACGGAGCCGACGACAGCCCGGAAAACACCGAAGACAUCCCGGAAAACACCGACGACAACCCGAACAUUGCCGACGCCACCGAAGCCAAGCCCGAAGAUGACGACUUUGACGAGUUUCUUGGAGAAUUCAGAGAUCUGGUCAACGAGGAAGUUUUCCCUUCCGACGACUCUGACGGAGCCGACGACAGCCCGGAAAUCACCGACGACCGCCCGGAAAACACCGACGACAACCCGAACAUUGCCGACGACACCGAAGCUGAACCCGAAGAUGACGACUUUGACGAGUUUCUUGGAGAAUUCAGUGAUCUGGUCAACGAGGAAGUUUUCCCCGCCGGUGAGAGUUCUGAACAAGCCGAUGAUACCGAAGAAGAUUUUCCUGACGAUACCCUAAAGUUUGAGCCUUUUCGCGGUUAGAUGAGGGUCUGCAUGCCUGUCAGCAUUGCUGACCCUCCUAAAUUAUACGGUAAAGCGUUACCGGGAUCCCCCCAUGCAGACCCUCUUAGAUGUAGGCACAUAUCUAGCUAAGCAAGAUGUUAAUCAAGAGGAAGAAGCCAAUGUUAUUGAAAUAUGGUUAAAAAUGCUGCUAAAUCUUUAUUCACUGCACAAAAUGACUUCCUCCCUUAUAGCUCUAAGCUUGUCACUCAUGUUUACAAUAUGAUAAUAUUGAGGAAAUAUCAUGAAUAGACCAUAAAAAGAUUGUUAAGUCGUUCGAAAGUUUGAUAGCUGACUAAUCUUACUAAUGAAUUGCAGGAACCAAAGAAUAUGUAAACAAGAGGCAGAUAUUAUAUGCCGCAAGCAAUAGGUUAAGUGACUUCUACAAUACAAUGUAUGUACUAACUCAAGUUUAAAUGUAGAAUGCUAGUCAGUACUGACAAUAGUGUAACAGCAAUUUGGGAACCUAAAACGCAUAUAUUACGUACAGCCCUGGAAUUAUGUCUUUUUUGCUUGUUUCUAUACUUGUUCAUAGAUAAAUGCUACCUCUUUGCUGCAUACAUCAAGAUGAGUAAUGCCAUGAAAUGUCAAUAAGAAGUUAUAGCAUACCUAUUGCAAUAAAGAACGCUUCUUUAAAAUGGA